AUGCGCCAUCAAUUACCGAAUGAUGCUCCUUGUCCAAGAUUAUGUUUUAUCGAGAAAAAUCAUCCUUCACAGGAGUAUGGUUAUAAUUUACAUGCUGAAAAAGGAAAACCUCAAUUCAUUGGAGUCGUAGACAAAGGAAGUCCUGCGGAUCGUGGAGGUUUGAAGCCUGGUGAUUAUAUUUACGCUGUAAACGGUGUUAGUAUAAUAGGUGAAAACCAUAAGCAGGUUGUGCAAAGAAUUAAAGAAAAUCCUCUACACUGCGAAUUACUUGUUGCUUCGGAAGAAGAAAGUGAAUGGUAUAAAAGACAUGAAAUUCCUAUAACAUUACAGCUUCCCAACAUCAUUCGAGUUUAUUCUCAUAAAAAUAAUCUACACAAUUCUUCACCCACACCUGCUGCUGCUGUUUGGUACGCACCAAAGGUUUGCUACCUUUUUUCCUUUUUUCAACUUUUAUUUUCACGUAAAAUUGAUCCUACCGAUGAGUUUGGUUUCAAUUUACAUGCAGAGAAAAAUCGUGGUCAUUUCGUUGGAGCUGUUGAUAAAGGUGGCAUUGGUGAAUUAGCUGGUUUGCAAAUGGGCCAGAGGAUUGUUGGUGUUAAUGGCCAAUUAAUAUAUCCGUAUACACCGCACAAAGAUGUUGUAUCGCUAAUAAAAAUGGAUCCACUUAGGACAGAUUUGUUGGUUGCAUCAGAAGAAGUUGAUCAAUGGUAUGCUGAAAAUCAUUUUGAAUAUUCUUUUGAUAAUGUUGUGCUAUUCGCUUCUUCAAAAAAUUUCAAUGUUAGUUUUAAUUCAUUCUCUCAAACGAAGUUUUUUUAUUUCAAUGAUGAUAUAUUUUCGCUGAGUGCUGAAGAAGCACGAAGUCGACUUGUUCAUCAAAAGAAAGAUCCACGUCGCGAUUCACAUAUGACAUUGGAAGAAAAAUAUCGUCUUGUUUCUAAUAUGUGA